UAAGGUAUGUUUAAUGCUCGUAUCUACGUUUGAUUUCGCGCGGGAUAACGGUCUCACACUCGGGGAAAUCUGGGAUUGUCGUCCCGUCUGCUUGAUCACCAAUGUCCCGGAAUUUUUAAACCUUCGCUUCGAUAAUGUGGAUGACCCAGACUUGACUCCCAGCGUGUGGAACUGUAUCCGCUCAAUCGUCUUGGACGAUCCGGUUGCAUGGAUCGAGACCUUAAAAAAUAUGGAGGAAUGGAAAACAUAUGUUAGUCCCCCAUACACCGAGUUGUACGUCGUCGACGUGCAGCUGGGUUGGUUGGUGGGCGAGAGGGGGAGCCUUUACCUGGAUUUAGUCCUUCAUUUUGAACAAGUUGGGGACGACGAUGGUGUGCCCAGUGGUCUUAUUCACGCCGCCAUUGUGGACGUUGCCCAGCCGAAAGAGAGCUCAGCUGAAGACGGGAAUCCAAUCUGCCUGUUUCCUUGGUGAGCACGCUCACACUAAACUAACCUCUCUCGUCCUCGGCAACGUGACCAAGAUGUGCUACCUGGAUUUUAAAACCAACCAAGGUCAGGACAAUGCAGGGAACAGAGUCGUUAUUAUGGACGAUCUUACCGAUCACGGCGUCACGAUUGGUGACGAAGUUUACACCCGAAUUACCCUGCGCGAUAAGAAAAAUUUAAUACCGGCUGCUUUAAAGGAUUUGGUAAACAAGCCCGGGAAAGUGUUAGCGAUUAAGGAUGCAUUCACUGAUUUCGUUACGGACAAAGAGAACGAUCCGAUUUUCAAAUAUGUCAACGACUAUGAAGAUUAUGACGGAAAUUUACAUUUUUCGAAAACCGUUUGUCUCAAGAUGAGGGGGACUUUGGCGGUCCUGCGUCGCGUAGGAUUUGCUAGUGCCCAUCUAAUAUUGGAUUGCGAACCAGUCGGCCUCUACGACCUUACCGACGAUAUACGUUUCCUGGCUACGUAUGAUCUGGAUGACCCCGCGUUGAUUUCAGAGGUGUGGAAAUGCAUUCAAAUUGGCGUCCUGGAUGAUCCCAAAGCUUACGAGGAACACUUGGCGAGGACGGCUGAGCUAAAGAAAUAUAGGGAUGCGAGAGAACUGUAAAUUUGUUCGUGUAUUUACAACGCUACUUGAAAGGUUAAGCAUGGACAGAUAUGGGUUGAAUUUUUUGUUAAUGAGUCUUGGUCUUAACUGUUCUUAAUAUAUUAUGCGGCAAACUUUUAAAAAUAAAUCUAUAUAAUCCAGUUUAACUUAUAAUAAAUUGGGAGAAAUAAUAAAUUAUGGAUAAAGAACCGUUAUUAAUACGAACAAAUUUUGGGAUUAGGCAACA